UAUAAUUAAUUAAUAUAAAUAAAGUUUCUUUGGAGAUGUAUUCGUGAAAAUAAAACAUUUUUUGAUAUUAUUGAUUGAAUGAUUUUAUCGACUGAAUAAUUUUACCGACUGAAUGAUAUUACCGACAGAUUGACUUUAUCGACCGACUGAUGUUACCGACUGAAUGAUUUUAUCGACGGGACGAUUGUACUCUUAAAUAGUAUAGGGAAUAAAUUUAUCCCUAGAAUACGUGGCGCUCCUGGUUAAGCUAUAUACGUUUCUGGAUUGAUUUUUCAUUCUAUGGUAUCCAAGAUUUUAUCAUAGCGAUAUUCCAUCAUGUCGAAUAGAAUGCUUUUGCACGUUUAUUGCCUGGUGUGAAAUUUUAGAUAAAGUGUGCAAAUUAUUUACAUUAACGUAUUCAAUAUAAAUAUCUUAUUACUUUAAACUGUGUGUUCUUGGAUUAUAUUUUGUCGAUAGCUUUAUGAGGAAAAAAAAAAAAUACGUUUCUUGCAAAAAAUUAUUUUUUAAAGAAUGCGGCAUGGUGAUUUAACCUCAAAGUAUUUACUCGAAGCGCUUGUAGAUAAUUGAUAAAAAGAAUUUAUUGAGCAUAUCAAAAUUAAAUGAAAGAACAUUUUUCAACGGAACAAAUUUAUUUAUAUAUAAAAAGACGGUGUUAAAUUUGUGAGAUUGAACGAUCACAACGUGUUAUAUGAUUUUUAGUACUUGAUAAUUGUUAAAUUUAACAAUGACUGAUUCUGAAACAAAGCAACCUCCAGUGGAGGAUAUAACGGAAAAAAGUGAAAACGAUCCAUAUGCGUAUCUCGAAAGAGAUAAUUUCACAUCAGAAAAGUUUAAAGUUGAAGUGCGUGGGUUGCCUAAAUAUUAUGGAAUCGGAGAGUUUAAAAAGUUGUUGAACGAAAAGCUUGAUUUACAAACUUGCAAGGUAAAACCACCAAAACAAUCUAGUGGUUGGCUGUAUGUUUGUUUCAGAAGCGAAGAAUGUCGUCAACGAGCUAUUUCGACUUUAAAUGGAAUUUUAUGGAAAAACUGUAAGCUUUCUGCGCAGAUUGCUAAACCUGCUCCAGAUCCUUUUGUAAAAAGAAAAUUAGAAGAAAAUAAAACCAAUAAAAAAUUAAAAAAUGAACUUCAUGAUCCAGAUAUAUCAGCUAUGGAUAGAGUUAAAUUUACAACAACUCCUCUUUGGAAUAUGCCUUAUUCGAGUCAACUUGAAUUCAAGCAAAAAGAAAUGAGAUCUGUAUUAAUGAAAAUCGGCCAAAAAAUGCUUGAAGGAAAUACCCAUUUGUCCGAGUGGAUCAAUUCGCAAAAGAAAUUAUAUGAAAAUUUGCCUUGUGAAUUAAAACCUAUUCUACAUGCUCAAAGUACAGAAGCUUACAGAAACAAAUGUGAAUUUACAAUUGGUAAGAAUAUAGAAGGUGAUAAAGUUAUAAUCGGAUUUAGAUUGUCUAGUUACGCUGCUGGUUGCACGGCAGUAGGUCCUAUCGACGAUCUUUGUCACAUUCCUAAAAAUAUGAAAACUGCAGUAAAAGCAUUAGAAGAAUUUGUACAAAAUUCUGGAUUAGAACCUUUCAAUCCGGUAGAUCACAGUGGGUAUUGGAAACAAGUUACUGCUAGAACUAGUCGUCUCGAUCAGUUAAUGUUAAUAGUAGGAAUAAAUCCUCAAGAUUUGGCCACUGAAAAGUUAAAAGAGUUACAAAAUCAAUUGAAAGAAUUUUUUGAAUCUGGAAAAGGAUCCACCAUAGACGUUACAUCACUUUAUUUUCAAACAAUGGAAAACAAAAGUGUCGGUAGUGAAUCUAGAAAUCUUCUGCAACAUAUAAAUGGAACCGAAUAUAUUGAAGAAACUUUGUUAGAAAAGAAAUUUCGCAUAUCACCACAAGCCUUUUUUCAAGUAAAUACAUUAGGUGCUGAAGUUUUAUAUAAAGCAGCUAUCGAUAUGGCAGAACCAACUAAUGAUACUACAUUAUUGGAUAUUUGUAGUGGAACUGGAACUAUAGGUUUAUCUUUCUCAAAGCAUUGCGGUGAAGUGUUAGGAGUAGAAGUGGUAUCUGAUGCUAUUAAAGAUGCAAAACAAAAUGCUCUUCAGAAUGGUGUUACUAAUUGUGAAUUUUUUGUUGGUAAAGCAGAAGAUAUUUUAUAUCCUAUUAUUCAGAGGGCAACAAAAUCUCGUAUUGUAGCUGUGGUUGAUCCACCAAGGGCUGGUAUACAUCAAAAAACAUUAUUGACGUUGCGUAAAACAAGAAAAUUGACAAGAUUAGUUUAUAUAUCUUGUGAUCCUCGAGCAGCUAUGAGAAAUUUAAUAGAUCUCUCAAGACCAAGAUCGAAACAAUAUUGUGGAGAACCUUUCGUACCGAUAAAAGCUAUUGCUGUGGAUAUGUUUCCUCAUACAAAACAUUGUGAACUAAUAAUAUGCCUUGAAAGAUUAUCCGAAGUAACAAACUCAAACGUUAAUUCUUAAAAGUAUUCAAAUCAAAUUUUUUUACUAUUGUUUAAAAAACAUUUAUAUUUUACAUUUAUAUAUGAUUAUUUAUUUAUUCUUGAAUGUUUAUUAUAAAAUUAUUAAUAUAGAUAAUAACUUAUUUAAUGGUUCAAUUUAAAAGAUAUUUAAAAAAUAUAAGAAAGAGAUAUUAAUCCUUUGCGGAUGAAAUCCAGACUUUUUUUUUUUUUUCAUCAUAAAUAUGAUUAACAAAUAAUAAUCCAAAUCUCUUUGCCAAUUUGAAACCGUAUUGUAAAACAAUAUACAUUAAUCUACUAUUCGAAAAAAAAGAUACGUAGUAAUAUAAUAUAUUAAUACGUAUUACGUUCUUUUCAUUUUGAAAAAAGAUUAAAGAUUUUUAUAUUUUUUCAAUCAAACAUGGAGUUCGUCCGUAAAGAAUUAAGAAAUAUUUAAAUAUUAACGUUCACACCGGCGCUAUUAUUUACGUUUUUUUGCACAUUAAUGCUUUAUUAUAUUCUACUUUUUUCAAUUUACAUACAUUAAAAACUCAUUAUUAAAAUUUUAACAUUAUUGCAAUUUUUUUCAAUUACUAAACGAACUAAAUGUUUGGUGAUAAACACCACAAUAAUUUAUCCAAAUAUACAUACAAAGCGAGUGCUAACCACGCGCGAUACGCGCCGGCGUGAAAUGUUAAUAAGACUACAAAACCUUAUUUGUAGGAACAUUAAAAAAUAUUAAUGCAUAUAUAUGCAUACAUAUAUGUAUUAUAUAUAUUUACAUAUAUGUUUAAGUUGAUAAAAACAUUUAUGAAUAAAUAUUUAUAUAAAUAUAUAUAUAUGAUCACAUAUACAUAUAUAUAUAUAUUUAUAUAAUAAAAACUUCGCAGCCGCUUAGUAUCUACAGGUACUAGUGCCUAUAGAUCCUAGCACCUGCGUAGUUUUGGCUACGCGCCCAAAUAAAUAGCGCGUUCGUCGAAGCGUUUGCUCCAUUACGUCCUCUAUUUUGUAGAGAUUUGUCCCAGGUUCAUUCUGGAUCUUACCUUAAAGAGAAAAUUCGAUCAUACGUUUGAGUUUUAAGAUUACGAUGGAUAAGUCUCGCAAAGCAUAUCAAUCAAAAUAUUUUUCCAUUUUAUCGAAGAACUCGAGAGUAAGAUUAAAAGCAUUUAUUCAUUGCGAUUUUAUAUCGAUUAAAAGUCAUACUUGUUGUCAUAGAUAAUAGUGUUAUAAUAAUUAUAGGUAAUUGUUUUUCUUAAUUACUAUGCAACGUCAGUCAUUAAAAAGUCGUCGAUUGAUGAUCAGAAGUUAGGAAUAAAAUUGAAAAUUAAAAGCGUUAGAGAUUAAGAUGAUAAUAAUAAAUUAACUAUACCGUGAUUGCUAGAAUAAUUUAAUUUUGUCUAGCUAGUUAGUUUAAGGUUUUAGGUACACAGUGUUUAUAAUAUUAAUGAUGAACUAAGUAUUCUACUAAUUGGUUUCUCUAAAUUAUAAAGAAGGAGAGGAUAUAUAAAAGAAAAAGAAUGGACUAAUUUAGGAUGUGAACAAAGGAUUUGUGAAGAAACAGAAUUCUUCGACUUCUUAAAAUAGAGAAACUUUUAGUCAAUCGAAGCAUAGAAUUAGUUAAGAUAAGCCUUUAUUAAUUGUCUAGUUUUACUACUUGAUACAUCGAUUGAAAUAGUAACCUGGUAUCGGAUACUAUUAUUACUUCUUUUUGAAGCAUGUCACGGCAUUAAAAUAGCAUCGCCAAUAAACGCGACCCUUAGCCUGCCCACGUCGCUGAAGAUCCAUCUGUGAAUUGGCAACUUGAUUCGGUGAAGCAGAUCUUGUCAAAGCCUUUUCUGCUCUUCCUUGAUCAACAACCUUCUGCAAGGCUAUCAUCAAUUGAUCAAACAAAAGAGCUGCUCUUUUUGGCACCACAAUCUGUUAAAGAGCAUGGGAUUAAACGAAACGUUGAAAUAAGAAAUUGAAUAUGAUUUCUGAUCAUCAAUAUCGAGAGAAAGAUGGCGAUAGUCGUUGAAAAGGAUUCAGUCAUCGAACUUGAGACGAUUCAGAUAUCAUUUGAUUAACGUCACAUUAACAUCGUAGCAACCGUACUGUGAAGACACGUAGAAGAAGACAAAGAAAAAGAGAGAAAAAUAGUAAUAUUUUUCAUUUCGCAAAGAGAAAGUUGAAAUUAUUACAAGUUAUCGUUGCUACGUUUGCUCGAGUGAAAAUCGGAAGGAUAAAUAGAAAUUUCUGGGUUGGCAAAUACCAGUAGUGGGCGUAACAUCGAAGCCAUGGUCGAAAGAAACCGAAGAAACCAGGAAGAAAAUGAAGAUUUUGUUGCAAUGGUGCAUUUCCUGUUCUUGAUUUUAUUCAUAUGAUCUUUAGUGCGAAGGGUAAUCUGGAUAAUCGAGAUUGCCAGACAAGUUGUUGCCGACGAUGCUUCUUUUAACGAAGAAACGUUGAUCAUCGUUCGCAACGACGACCCAGAUUAUGACGAAGACGAGGAAUGAACGAAUUAUGUUCUUUCCCAUUAUGAUUGUUUUUAUUAAUUUAAUGUGAUGUAAAUUAAAAUUUUUUAUUUAACGUUAAAUUAAACGUUUUCCGUUAGGAUUUAUCGAGAUGAAUUUUCUUUUGCUAUGUAUCUUCUUUCUUUUUUCUCUCUCUUUAUUUCUUUUUCUUUUUUUUUCUUUCUCUAUCGUCGUCUCUCGAAAAUGAUUCUUUUCUCGUCAAUUUUUUAUUUUCUAUUUAUUUUUUUUUUAUUUCAAUCGAUAUAACGCAUGUAUCUCGACACACAGUCACGAUAGUGUAUAGAUGUAUAGAUGUAUAGAUGUAUAGAUGUAUUGAUGUAUUUGCAAGAAAUUUUUUUCAAUCUUUCCGUGAAGGCCACCAAGAAAGUACUCUCGAGGACGUAAUGGAGCAGACGCUUCGGCGAACGCGCUAUUUAUUUGGGCGCGUCGCCGAAGCUACGCAGGCGCUAGGAUCUAUAGGCACUAGUACCUGUAGAUACUAAGCGGCUGCGAAGUUUUUAUUAUAUAAAUAUAUAUAUAUAUGUAUAUGUGAUCAUAUAUAUAUAUUUAUAUAAAUAUUUAUUUAUAAAUGUUUUUAUUAACUUAAACAUAUAUGUAAAUAUAUAUAAUACAUAUAUGUAUGCAUAUAUAUGCAUUAAUAUUUUAACAUAUACAAAUAUAUAUGUGGUAUAUGUAUAUGCAUAUAUAUGCAUUAAUAUUUUUUAAUGUUCCUACAAAUAAGGUUUUGUAGUCUUAUUAACAUUUCACGCCGGCGCGUAUCGCGCGUGGUUAGCACUCGCUUUGUAUGUAUAUUCGGAUAAAUUAUUGUGGUGUUUAUCACCAAACAUUUAGUUCGUUUAGUAAUUGAAAAAAAUUGCAAUAAUGUUAAAAUUUUAAUAAUGAGUUUUUAAUGUAUGUAAAUUGAAAAAAGUAGAAUAUAAUAAAGCAUUAAUGUGCAAAAAAACGUAAAUAAUAGCGCCGGUGUGAACGUUAAUAUUUAAAUAUUUCUUAAUUCUUUACGGACGAACUCCAUGUUUGAUUGAAAAAAUAUAAAAAUCUUUAAUCUUUUUUCAAAAUGAAAAGAACGUAAUACGUAUUAAUAUAUUAUAUUACUACGUAUCUUUUUUUUCGAAUAGUAGAUUAAUGUAUAUUGUUUUACAAUACGGUUUCAAAUUGGCAAAGAGAUUUGGAUUAUUAUUUGUUAAUCAUAUUUAUGAUGAAAAAAAAAAAAAAGUCUGGAUUUCAUCCGCAAAGGAUUAAUAUCUCUUUCUUAUAUUUUUUAAAUAUCUUUUAAAUUGAACGAUUAAAUAAGUUAUUAUCUAUAUUAAUAAUUUUAUAAUAAACAUUCAAGAAUAAAUAAAUAAUCAUAUAUAAAUGUAAAAUAUAAAUGUUUUUUAAACAAUAGUAAAAAAAUUUUCUUAAAUAUAAUCUUAAAAUGUCUAUUAUAAAAUAAUCUUGAUGUAUCUCAUAUGAUCUUAAAAUGUCUUUAUUAUAAAAUAAUCUUGAUGUAUCUCAUAUGAUCUUAAAAUGUCUUUAUUAUAAAAUAAUCUUGAUGUAUCUCAUAUAAUCUUAGAUAUAAUCUUCAAAUGUCUUGGACAGAUUUAUGUCAUCAACAUGCAACAAAAAUAAUUGUGGUAAUAUCAAUACUCAUUUGUACGAACAUAUUUUAUUUCUUUAUUUUGAUAAAGAGGUAAUUUAUAUAAAUCGAUAAUUAUAAUAAGUUAAAUAUAGCCGAUCGAUAAUUAUGUUUUUGCAUAUCGUAUAUUAAAUUGAAUUAUUUAUUUUAAUGAAAUAAGCAAAUGUAAUAUUUAAAAAUAAGUUUCGUCGUAUUAAUGUCGAUCAUUUUUUAUCGGUAAUAUCGAUCAUUUAUAUAAAUAUAUAAUACUUCGUCACGAAAUAAAUAAACGAAAUUUGAAUGCAAAAGGGAUGUGGGAAAUGUGAAUAUACACGAUUGACAACGAUUAACAAAGUCAAUUAAUCAAAUUGAAUGGAUAUCGAUCAGAAGGAUGCAAACGAUGUUUAUUUGAAGGUAUUUCUCUUGUUAGGAUAAAGCUGACAAAAUAAUAAGGGUUCACACGUUUUGGUCUUUUACAAACCUUGGUCCGCACAAUUCUGUGAUAUUGAUAGUCUCUGAUAACACGAUAAUGAUGAAGUAAUUCUCUUUAUGUUUGCCUUUCCCGAAUCUCAUUUUGAUAACUUUCUGAUUGGCAGUAAAAAUAUAUAAAUAAACAUUAUCUUCAAAUUUUAUGGAUAAAAACAUUUAUGCAUUAUAAUAUUUAUUAUGGAUGUCAGAUAGAUUAGAUGUAGAAUAUAGAUAUCAUAGGCUAAGAACAGCGAUUCUUGAAUGUAUUAUCGUAGUUAUCCUGUUUUCAUAAAAAUUUGAUUUGUAUUCUUGGCCGCCCACCUCCAACGAAGUUCUUAAGAUUCUUUUAAUAUAUCUUUUCUCGUCGAUUUAGUAAUAACAAUUUAAUAUUUUUCCCGAAAAAAAUAUGUAUAUAUUUUGUCUUAUAAAUUUGUUUACUUAUAUAAUAAAUAAGAAAUUGAUGUAUGAUGUCAAAAAAAAACAAAAAAAACAAAAAAAAAACAAAAAAAACAAAAAAACAAAAAAAAUUGAUGUAUCAAUAAAUAAAGGGCUGUGUGUCAAACAA